AAGGGAGGUGGAGUCGCGACGCCUGAAGGAGUCCCCACCGCAGCGGUGCUCUUGGUCCACCUCAUCCAGCAACCACCAGACCCUGCUCUAAAGACGUCCCUGCCACUGACUCGGCGGCAGGGACAGUGGCAAUCGCCCCUAUAGUCGGGCCUUGGGGACAUUUAUUGCUCCAAACCCUGUCCCUCCUUGCUUCCCAGACGGCUGGAGUCAUUCCUGGGGGAAGCUGCUCCGAGCCGAUCAAGCAGCCGCACGGGCAUCUCAGCGGACAGCCUGGCUGGGCACCGGGCAUCUGCGAAGCCAGCCCCGCCGGAUACUGGGCAUCUCUCACAAGGACUGUCUUCGGCCGCCGCCCAGCUUGUCGCAAGUCCUGGGCGGUGGGCUUCUGAGCGCCUUUGGCCUUUCCAGGACCCAAGUGAGCUUCCCCGCGCUCCCUGCCCUUUGGGCCGCCGCGAUGCUGCCCUGGAGACGGAACAAAUUCGUGCUAGUGGAGGACGAGGCCAAGCGCAAGGCGAAGAGCCUGAGCCCCGGGCUCGCCUACACGUCGCUGCUCUCCAGCUUCCUGCGCUCCUGCCCGGACCUGCUACCGGACUGGCCGCUGGAGCGUCUGGGCCGCGUGUUCCGCAGCCGGCGCCAGAAAGUGGAGCUUAACAAGGAGGACCCCACCUACACCGUGUGGUACCUGGGCAACGCCGUCACCCUGCAUGCCAAGGGCGACGGCUGCACCGACGACGCUGUGGGCAGGAUUUGGGCGCGCUGCGGGCCGGGAGGGGGCACGAAGAUGAAACUGACCCUGGGUCCGCACGGCAUCCGCAUGCAGCCGAGCGAACGCAGCUCCGGGGCUUCGGGGGGCCGCAGACCGGCGCACGCCUACCUGCUGCCGCGCAUCACCUACUGCGCGGCGGAUGGGCGCCACCCGCGAGUCUUCACCUGGGUCUACCGCCACCAGGCACGCCACAAGGCCGUGGUGCUGCGCUGCCACGCUGUGUUGCUGGCGCGGGCGCACAAGGCGCGCUCCCUGGCCCGCCUGCUCCACCAGACUGCGCUGGCGGCCUUCAGCGACUUCAAGCGGCUGCAGCGCCAGAGCGAUGCGCGCCACGUGCGCCAGCAGCAUCUCCGUGCGGGGGGCGCCGCCGCCUCGGUACCCCGGGCUCCAUUGCGCCGCCUGCUCAACGCCAAGUGCGCUUACCGGCCUCCGCCGGGCGAGCGCGGUCGCGGAGCUCCGCGGCUCAGCAGCAUCCAGGAGGAGGAUGAGGAGGAGGAUGCGGAGGAGGAGGACACCCGGGAUAGCGAGGAAGGAGCCCUGCAGCGCGAACGGCCCGAGGUGCUCAGCCUGGCCCGGGAGCUGAGGACGUGCAGCCUGCGGGGUGCCCCGGCACCUCCGCCACCAGCGCAGCCCCGCCGCUGGAAAGCCGGCUCCAGGGAGCGGGCGGGCCAGGCGCGCUGAGAGCGCAGGGCUAGGACUCGGGGCCCUAGACCCGGCCCAGGAGACUGACCUGGAGUUCAAUUCGGUCCUGCCCGCUUCCGCCCCCCUGGUCCCUGGCCUGCAGCCCUCGCGGUCACUGUAAUGGUCGCCUUGCUCCUCAUCCUAGCUCAGGGUGAAGUAGGAUAUGCCCUUAAUUUUUGGGGGGUGGAGAGGAGUCCAUACGUCCCCACACUGGGAGUUUCCCUGGCCUACCACUGUGGAAUUGCCCCCCAACGCUAUAUGCCAAGUCUCUGCCCACAGAUGAACCAACCUGCUCUUGUCCCAAAACGGCCUCUUAGGAGAAAGGGAACCCCUGGGGGGGGGGUUGUACCCACGACCCAGUCUAGGUUAGGAGUAAUGACCCUGCCCUUGGUCUCUUAUUCCUUAUGAUAAGAACCACCCUUGAGAGAUUUCAGAUAAGGAAGUGUGGUGGUUGGUUGGGGAGAACUGAGGCCAGCCCCACGGAGGGCUCCCGUACACACAGGGACAAUUACUACACCUCUAAAGGAGACUGAGAUGGGCCUGUCUACAUGCAAAAGACAGAGUGCGACAGGCAACAGCCCUGCUAGGCAGCUCUCCAAGCCUCUGCCUUGGCUGCCCUACAGGACUCUGCUCAUCCCCUCUCUGCAGACAGAGAACUGGUCUACCCUAAGUACCCUGCAUCCUGGACCAAGAUGGAACCUCCAAAGGAGGUAAGGACCCAUGUCCCAGACAAGCCAAGGCUUUCAGAACAAGCAGGUCCCGACCACAGCUGGACUCACAUGCAGGCUGAGGGAGGAGGAGGUACUAACAAGGAGACCGGGGUGAGCCCUGCCCAGGUGUCUCCACAAGGCCAUCAAAACCCAAAGAUCUAUGUCAUCUACUGAUCAUUGUAAAUAAAGUAAAUCUGCUUUUUCAGGCCUGUC